AGCAGGUUCAUGACAUCAACAAAAGGCGUCGGCACCGUCUCCCCUCUCGUCGCCAGUGACGAGGACUGCACGCGACGUGGUCCUGAGCUCGGGGAAGGAGUCCAUGCUGAGGGAUGCCCAAGAAGUUCCAGGGCGAGAACACCAAGUCGGCCGCUGCCCGAGCGAGGAAGGCCGAGGCCAAAGCGGCAGCUGAUGCCAAACGGCAGCAGGAGCUGGAGGAUGCCUAUUGGAAGGAUGACGACAAACACGUCAUGAGGAAGGAGCAGAGGAAGGAGGAGAAGGAGAAGCGCCGCCUGGAACAGCUGGAGCGCAAGAAGGAGCUGCAGAGGCUGCUGGAGGAAGAAGACUCCAAGCUAAAGGGGAAGUCGCCCAAGCCGCUGACCCCUGGCAAAGUGACCCGGGCCCAGAUAGAGGAGACGCUGCGCCGAGACCAACAGCAGAAAGAGAAUGAGGACACAGUUGACAAACCAAAAAGUCACCUUGAAGUUCCCUUGGAGGAGAAUAUCAACCGCCGAGUACCAGAGGAGGGGAGCGUGGAAGCCAGAACAAUUGAAGACGCCAUAGCUGUCCUCAGUGUCAGCGAGGACUCUGACCGUCACCCUGAGCGCCGCAUGAAAGCUGCUUUUACUGCCUUUGAGGAGCUGCACCUGCCCAGACUGAAGAAAGAGAACCCCAACAUGCGCCUUUCCCAGCUGAAACAGCUGCUGAAGAAGGAGUGGAUGAGGUCCCCCGACAACCCCAUGAACCAGCGGACCAUGGCCUACAAUGCCCAGAAAUAGAACUUGGGGAAUGGAAACAGGCAAGGGGAGAGAGGGAUCCACCCCAGUCUGGACCGCCGGUCCUCCGGCUGCCAACUCAGGCUCUGGGUGGGUGGGAAGGACAGCCCCAGUUAGAACCAGUGGGAUUUUUUAAAAACCCAUGCCCCUCCCCUGUUCUCAGUACUACUGAUUAAAAGAGGAGUCACCCGUCCAAGGUGCCUGCUGUCUGGCCUUUCCUGCUGCCUCCCUGGGAACACGCUUCUGCCCUCUGACUUCAGAGCAGAAGGGUCCCCAUCCCACUCCCUGACCCAGCAUGACAGCACUGGCCACCUUUUUUCUUCCUCUCUCUGUCUCUGUCUGUCUGUCUGUUAUAUCUCUAUUUCUCUAAUUUUUUUUUUUUUGGGGGGGUGGGGUUGGUGAAGAUACAGCUUUAAUUUUCAUCUGCAGGAUCCCAAAGUUCAACAUCAAUUUCUCAGGCCUCACUGACUUUGGCAUGGCAGGGAAGGGGCCCUCUUUCUCCCUUAAAAGGGGAAGUUGAGCCUGUCCUGGGUGAACAGGGCUUCUGCCUGAAUUGGGAUCUAGAUCCUAGUUUUCCCUCUCCCCAUUGACCUUUGAACUUCAUGCUGAAGUUGUCAAGGGAGAUUUAGGUGUAUAUAACUGGCUUUUCCCUCCUCUUGUGCUUGUAAUUGCUCAGAGGACAAGUGAGUAGUGGCCCCAGGCUCUAUAGGUUAGGCCCCUGCUCCCUCCUCCAUGAGACCCCCUCCAAGCUAGUUAGAUGGACCAGUUACAAGCACACCCCAUAUUCCCUUCUCUCUGGUCAUCUGCUUUUUGCCAGUUUUAUCAUGUACCCGAUUCCUUAGGAGCACGUUCAGUCACAGGUGAAAUUGGCCUCCAAGGAACUAGGUAACUGCCUUCAUUGUGGGGCUCACUUAAUUCCCACUGGGGUUAUGGGUAGCAGAACUGAGUUCCUUAAACCAAUAAAAGAUUUGGGUAGCAUUAAAAAAAUUUUUUUUCAUAAUAAGUGAUUUAAACUUAAUUUUACUUAAUUCUCCCUCCACUAUCUAGCCAGAGACUAAAAGUUGCCCCUUUUUUCUUUGUCCCCCUACCUUCUCCUUCCCCAUUUACUGUCCAAGGUUCCUGGAUUUUAGCAGCACAGUGCUUAUUGACUUCGUCUCCCACCUGCCAUCUCCCCACCAAAACCUAAGGGGCACAGUCGUAGGCACAAUUCAAUGGCCACCACUCCUCAAGUGAGAGCCCCCACCCAGAGAUGUUCUAUUCUAGGCCUAGCUAGUGCCGAACCUUCCUGCGCCCACCAAGGAGUUCCUUCUUUCUCAAGGGCUUGAUGCACGUGUUUGAGGCUGUAGAAGGCUAUAUAUAGCUGCUGCCUCCGAAAAGCACUUGCACUUUGGGACCCUCGAAUUUUUCAGGAUAUCAGAGUUUCUCCUCGCCCUUGCAAGGGUUACCUUCAGCGCUAGUAGUAGGACAGUAGGGAACUGAGCAAGUAAAAGGCAGGGUGACCUCUAUCCAACCCAAUCUCUUUUCCUGCUUCCUUUUCUUUUCUUUCCUUUACCAGACAGAUAAAAGUUUGCAUUUUUGGUUUUAACUUGCAGACAACUGAAUACUACUUAAAGGACCCUCCCCUGCUUAGUGUUAGGAGAUUUCUUCCCUUUUGAAUUCCCCUGGGAAGUAUUUGGGCUUCUGGGAAAUUAAGGGAAGGGGGCUUAACCUUGAAAGAACCAGGGAAUUUGGAGCAAAGUGCCUGCUCCCCAGGUUGAGAGAGGGACCAGAGGGUUCCCAGGGGAUUCUCUGGGCCUGUAUGGAGGAAGAGUUUAGGGGAAAAAAACUCCUUUUGAUUAAGUGGGGGAACCUGUUCUCCACACCUGGAACUUUUCUUUUCCCUUCCAUGCUGAAAUCCUAUCCAUUCUGGAAGGCCUAUGGCCAGGAACUUCUCUGAUUACCCUGCUCCCCAGGAAGAAGCAAACUCUAACCACAGCUUUGUGUCUGGGCCCCUCUUGUAAGCUUUAUCCCCUUCUCUUUGCUGUUGUAGUUAGUCUCCAUGCUCCUGUCUUUCCCCAGCUAGCUCCCAAUGGGUAGUCCAUCCCUGUUUUUCCCUCUCAAUGUAGCCCACAACAGGGCCCUGCACACAGAUACUCAGUGUGCGAUCCAUUCAUUAAAUAAACAGAACUGGGUCCCAAA